CCGAAAUAAAUAUAUUGAUUACAAAGUAGAAAAAAAUUAUGUAUCAUAAUUUGAUAACAAAGUUAUUUUUUUCAACUUUAAAUAGUUGUUGGUAUUAAUAUAAUUAAAGAAGACUUAUAUAUGAAUCUUUUGUGUUUAAAUCAUAACUUUAAAAAAUUUAACUUCACUACUUUCUUUUGUAAACCCGACAUAAAUCAUAAAUCCUUAGGCUAUCCAGAAACGUGUCAGUGGUUAGUGACAUUCAACAGAGUCUGGACGGACUACAAGACUGGAUUCGGGAAUGCUAACGGAUCCUACUGGAUUGGAAAUGACGUAAUACAUCAACUAACCAAGGGAAGGAACUCCUCCCUCUACCUAUCAAUCACACUGACUAAUGGAACAAAGCUCUAUGAAUUAUACAACCAGUUCUCUGUUGGUGACGAAAUCAACAAAUACAGACUUUUUCUUGGAGGACCAGCUACCGGAACCCUCGGUGUCGCUAUGUUAGACACUGGUGUUUUUGACUACGAUCUGUCUGGGAUGGGCUUCACCACCCCAGCCAGAGAUAACGACGGAGCUCGGGAUAACUGUGCUUCUUUUAGUCACCGUAGAGGAGGCUGGUGGUUCAACCGCUGUAACAACGCCUUUCUUAACGGUCGCUGGUCCCCGGGGUCCUGGUUCAGACCAUGGUAUCCCACAGUUACUGAUAGUAAACAGAUAAAUGAAACCCUCAUGAUGAUUAAACCUCACUGA